AUUUUGCCACCUAUCAUGUCACUCGGCUGUUCCAAUCGCCCGCCACAUCAACGCCCCCUUUCCUCUGUUAAAGUCUCUGCUUCCGCUCUCCGGAUCGACCCCGUCUCCGCAAUCGCAUCCAUGGCGGAAACGGAACCCUUCUCUGUCCUCUUCGUUUGCCUCGGGAAUAUCUGCCGCAGCCCCGCCGCGGAGGCCGUGUUCACGGAUCUCGUGCGGAAGAGGGGAGCGGAGUCCAAGUUCAAGAUCGACUCAGCCGGCACCAUCGGUUUCCAUGAGGGUAAUCCUGCGGACCCACGGAUGAGGGCCGCUGCGAAGAGGCGUGGGAUCGAUGUCACCUCGAUAUCGAGGCCGAUAAGACCCUCGGACUUCAGGGAAUUUGAUCUCAUAUUGGCCAUGGACAUGCGAAAUAGAGAGGACAUAUUGAGUGCUUAUGGGAGAUGGAGAUCUAAGGAACCUCUACCAGAAGAUGCUUCCAAAAAGGUUAAGCUCAUGUGCUCCUUUUGUAAAAAACACAACGAAGCGGAAGUUCCAGAUCCUUAUUAUGGAGGCCCACAAGGUUUUGAAAAGGUGCUAGAUCUGCUGGAAGAUGCCUGUGAAUCAUUAUUUGACAGCAUCAUGGCAGAGAAGAGUCAAACAUCAGUAUCAUAGUUCCUUGAGGCAGAGUGAUAAGGAGAGUCACUGCUCAUAAUAAACAACUCGUGGCCUUUAUGGGUGAUCUCGUUUAUUUUCUGGCUAUUGUGAUAAGCGAUCCAUAUUUUGCUUAUUGAUUGCGAUUCUUCAAAGUAGCAGAUCAGAUAUUUGUUAAGCCACUUGAUUUUACGAUGGUGAAGUGUUGAAACAAAUCACUGGUAGAUAAAAGUUGUUCCUAAGAGUUCUCUGUAAACGUCACAUGGAUUAAUGUAUUGUCUUUUGUUUGGAAUAUUUCAAAUGAUGUUGUAGAGACAGUACUUAUUUCUAGGUUGCUAUGGUUUGCACCUGUUGGCAUGUAAACCAAGAAUGGCUUCUAGCUAUUAUCUUCUAUGUGCACUGGCCAAAUAUUGCAUCUAUUGAUGGAUUUAAACAUUUUGGAAAUUCGAACAUUAUGGAUUUUCUGUUCUUA